CGUUUUUCAAUCGAACAUAUCACACCUCUGCUCCUCACCAUCACAUCGGCAACAGGAUUAUGACCGUCUUCGUUCCAUUGGAGGCAGGUUCGUCUCCUCCUCCAACACCAUCUUUUCUGGUGCCUUCAGAAACCCCAAACUUGCACCUGCGAAAAGCUAUCAAGGCCAUCCUGAAGGCCAAACGGUUGGUUGUCGUGUGUGGUGCUGGUAUAUCUGUUUCUGCCGGAAUUCCAGACUUUCGCUCAGAGUCGGGUCUCUUUCAAACGUUGAAGCGAGACAACCCGAAAGAAGCGUUGUCUUCCGGAAGAGACUUGUUCGAUGCGUCAGUGUUCAACAAUGAACACACGACAUCAAUGUUUUGCCAAAUGAUAGCUCAAUUAUCCGAGCUCUCCCAGGCAGCCAGCCCCACGCCUUUUCAUCAGGUACUACGAUCGCUUGAUGACAGGGGCAGGCUCCUGCGUGUCUACACCCAGAACAUCGACGCUAUCGAGCUGAAAUCUGGUCUUUCCUUUGGUAUCCCAGAGUUUGAUAAGAGACGAGCAAGGCCGAGAUCUAAGCCAAAAUCGACUGGUCCUCCCAUCGCUGAUCGACCUACGAUAUCUACUAGUGCUCCUUCUUCGCAAGAUGGCUCAUCGACGACACCGGGAUCAAGGUACAUGUCUCCUGCUGUUGAAGUCCCUCGUUGCAUUCCUCUACAUGGAACGCUGCAGACGCUGCAUUGCCAAACAUGCAUGCACACGUUUCCACUCGAGAAUUACGUGCCUUCCCUGACGUUAGGAACACCCCCAACUUGCCCCGAGUGCACCCAAAUGGAGGAGACGCGUCAACUUAUCGGAAAGCGAGCCCGAGGUGUGGGAAAAUUGCGACCCAGUGUGGUUCUUUAUAACGAGCUGCAUAAAGAUGGCGAAGGGGUGGGCGAAGUCGCGAGGAGAGAUCUUGUUGGAUGUUCCAAAGGCAAGGGGCGGAGUGGUGUGGAUACUUUGCUUGUGGUUGGCACAAGUUUAAAAGUUCCAGGCACCAAACGCAUGGUUCGCGAAUUCUCGAAGGCGGUACGCGCCAGAGGACACACUGCAUCGAGGGAUUCUACGUCUGCAUCUACAGGUCUCGCAACACCAGCACCCUCUCCUGGCAAGGGGCCAGCUACAUCAGCAGGCGACUCUCCCUUCAAGUCUAUCUAUUUGAAUUUUGAUUUUCCGGGGCCGACACGAGAAUGGGAAGGCGUCUUCGACGUGUGGUUACAAGGAGAUGCUCAAAGUUUCGCGGAGCUCUUGGAGGCAGAAAUCGUAAAAGAGGCUGCCGAAAAAGAAGCUGCAUUAGAGAGGAAACGGAAACGGGAAGAGGAUGCCACUCACUUAGAAGGCUCAGAAGAAGCGGGUCUUCCGAAGAAGAAGAAGACAGCGAAGACAGAAAAGCAAAGCUCUGAAAAGCCAGCAAAGCGGAAACCCAAAGCCUUGCCGUCUGUUCGUCCUCGGAAGUCCAAGAGCAAACACCAAGAAGACAUAGACAUCAGUGUAUCAUCCGCCCCGAAGAUAACGCACGGCAACCCGAAACUUACGAUUCGAAUUCCACCCCUGAAAGGCCGUUACAUCCCCGAGGUAUGCAUCACCACUCCCGUACCGCGGGGGCUUAAAGCGGCGCAAUUUCCUUGCACUCCCCCUGCAACUCACGUGAAACAUCGGUUGUUAUCUCAUUCAGACUACCCGCCUUCAGAUACCACGGAGAUAGGAUUUGACGAAAGCGAUCUCUCCGAGUUGUCUGGUGAUGAGGUAGCAGGCGAACUUCCUAGGACUGCCAUACGGACUGCACAAUAUGGACUUCGGGCCACCAGAGGGUAAUAAUAUCUUGUACUAUCUUUAUUGUAUUUAUUUAUCGUACGCUACACGCCUCGUUGACUUCGGGAUUUUCACAAUUAGUUAGCAGCAGUUGCACAUGGGACUGCUUCAAGGUGGGAUUUUAGCGUGC